AUCAGGGUUCCACUAUGGGGACCUCUUCCUGGGCUUUCUGAGUGUCCUUGGACUGUAGGGUGUUUUGCUGGUUCUGGUUUCUCAGAUGGGGUUUCCCGAGCUGACAUCCUCAAGUGUUUGUUUUAUUUAUUUUUACAAAUAGCAGAAGCAGCCCCUUUGGCACAGACUUGGGAGGGGUGGGACACUAUGGUCCUUUCUGAGCAGGCUCUGUCCAGGUCGUACAGCGCUGUUUUGAGCCAGCUAGUGACAGCAGGGGCGGUCCCAUGUUUUCGGAAUCAGCGGAGGCGGAAACUUGACACUUUGACUUGGGAGUGGCUCUCUCCUUCCCCGGAGCUUUAUAAAACUUCAGCCCAGAGGCUCCAGCUCAGCUAGCUGCAUCCUAUUACCCUGCUCCGACAGGUCAGUCUGUGAGGACAUCAGCUCCUUCUUUGGCGUACUGAUGGCAGCAGAGCCCCUGACUGAACUGGAGACAGCCAUUGAGACCGUGGUCACUACUUUCUUCACUUUUGCAGGGCGGGAAGGACGGAAAGGCAGUCUGAGCAUCAAUGAGUUUAAGGAACUGGUCACUCAGCAGCUGCCUCAUUUGCUCAAGGAUGUGGGCUCUCUAGAUGAGAAGAUGAAGAGCUUGGAUGUGAACCAGGACUCGGAGCUGAAGUUCAAUGAGUACUGGAGACUGAUUGGGGAAUUGGCAAAGGAAAUCAAGAAGGAGAAAGUCCUGGAGAUCCGGAAGAAGUAAAACCUGCUUGUUAGGAUUGGGGUCAGCAGGGUCUGCUGGGCUGGGGCAGGCAGAACUCCCCUCCCUGCAAAUAAAGCUUCCUUCUUGAAACACA